AUGGGUGAACGGGACAGCUUUAAGGAGAAGCAGCGCGGCCAGCGGCUGGAGGAGGAGCUGCGCAUGCGGGAGCAGGAGUUGGAGACCACCAUGAACAAACAGAAGGAGCUCCAAACCAGAAUCCGAACUCUGAAUCAGGAGCAGAGCAGCAUCAGGGAGCAGAACCGGCAGCUGCGCAGCCUGAACAGCCAGCUGCAGGAGCAGGUGGAGAGCAGCAGAGAGCGGCUGCAGUCUGCGCUGCGUCAGCUCAGCCUGCUGCAGGCCAGCGCCGUCCAGGAGCAGGCGGCCCGGAACAGAAAUGUCAUGAAGGUAUCGAGAAACAUCAAAAAGGAAAAGGAAAGUCUGCUGAGACAGCUGGAAAUAUUAAGGGAUAUGAACAGAAAUCUGCGAGAUGAGAAAGAUGCUCAGCAGUCGCUUAAGAUGAAUCCAAAGUCCAGCAAGUCUCUGCAGAAGAGAGGCUCAAUUUUAAGCAACUACUUGCUGCAAGACAUGAAGCCGCUGAGGAGACAGCUGAGCUCAUCUGGUGAGUCGGAGCAGACCGAUUCAUCCGAGGCGCGCCCGCCGUCAUGUGAGGUCAUAGGUCAACAUGUGGAGCCGAUGCACAUGCAGAGCAAACGGUUGAGCCCACAGCGAGUGUUCAAGGUGGUGUUUCUGGGGAACUCGGGGGUGGGUAAGACCUCCUUCAUUCAGCACUACUGCACAGGACACUGCAGCAGUACGGUCACCUCCACCGUGGGUAUAGAUUUCCAGAUGAAGACUUUAGUUGUGGAUUCCACCGCCAUCACUUUGCAGCUAUGGGACACGGCGGGCCAGGAGAGGUUCUGCAGCAUCACUGAACAAUAUUACCGGAAGGCGGACGGCAUCCUGGCCGUGUACGACGUCACGCACGGCGCCUCCUUCCUGGCGCUGAGAGGAUGGUUGGAUUCUGUGAGGGAUAAGAUGUGUGAAGGGACUGUUCUGAUGCUGCUGGGAAACAAGGUGGACUUAGCAGACGAUGCCAACAGAGAAGUGAUGCGAGCGGAAGGAGAGAGGCUGGCAGAGCAUUACCAGGCUUUUUUUCAUGAGUGCAGUGCCAAGACUGGAUAUAACAUGGAGGAGCUGAUGGUUCAUCUGGCUGAGUAUGACUCUUCCCAUCCACCUGAGACGCUCUGACAAACUUCUGACAUGUUCACCUUUUAUGAUGCAGCCAUAGACGUCAAUACCAGCGUUUAAUACUACAGACUGGAUGUAGAGAACAGACUGGAUGCAGAGAACAGACUGGAUGCAGAGAACAGACUGGAUGUAGAGAACAGACUGGAUGCAGAGAACAGUCUGGAUGCAGAGAACAGACUGGAUGUAGAGAACAGACUGGAUGCAGAGAACAGACUGGAUGUAGAGAACAGACUGGAUGUAGAGAACAGACUGG